CAGAGUCUCAUUAUAAAAGGAUCAGGGGAUGGAGCGAUGGUUAUUUAAAAAACGCCUCAUUAUAGAUACUACUGGCCAUUCCAUCCCCGCGUCCAAAUCUUUAAUUUCCGUUGCCCGGCCCCCCCCAUCAUUUUUUCCCUCGCAAACAUCUCUCUCUCUUUCUCUCUCUCUCUCUCUCUCUGAGCUAAUUAAUAAGCUAUGGAAGCUCUGGCUUGUUUGGUGCUGCUCAUCUUGACCAUGUUCAAGGCAUCAGAUGGUGCUUGGUGCGUAUGUAGGUCUGAUGUGAGUGACAGUGCUCUCCAGAAGACGCUGGACUACGCCUGUGGGGCUGGGGCAGACUGCAACCCAACACUCCAGAACGGGCCUUGCUAUCAGCCCAACACAGUGAGAGCCCACUGCUCUUACGCUGUAAACAGCUAUUACCAGAGGAAGGGCCAAGCUCAAGGGGCUUGUGUCUUUGCUGGAACUGCUACUCUCGCUUCUACUGACCCAAGUGCUGGUGGUUGCACAUACCCUGCCAGUCCCAGUGCUGCUGGAACAAGCCCACCCAGCACAGGAACAGGCACAGGGACAGGGACAGGAACAGGAACAGGAACAGGAACAGGCACAGGCACAGGCACUACAAGCCCAAGCCCCCCAGGUUCAACCACACCAAGCACUUUUGCCCCUCCAGGAACAGUGUUGGGGGGGGGCCUUGGCCCCUCUGGCAACAGCAUUUCUACUGAUAGCAGUGCAACAUUCCCACAGCCCCUUGUGCUUCUUCAGCUCCUCUUCUCAGCUAUUAUUUAUGUUUUUCCACUAAUGAGGGGUUGAAUAUGUGCUUAGAUUCUUGCUUACUUGGAUAUGUGACAAAAAGGCAUCUGUUCCUGCACUUUCAAGUCACCUUUUUCUUUGGGGGGGAGCUUUUACUCUCUCUCUCUCUCCAGAAUUUGUUCCUUUCUUUAUUUCCCCUUACUAGUGGCAAACAAGAAAGAGUUUUGAUUCCAUUGAAGUGGGGUGGUGGUGGGAGGGGGGAAUUCCUUUGUUGAAUUAUUUUGUCUUCUUAGGAUUCUUUGUUUUUUUUUUUUUUUUCUCUUUUGUUCUACUUUCUAUUUGUACAUAUAGUGGAGGGGGUAGAAUUAGAAAUGAAAUGUAUUAAUUCUCACUGAUGUGAUUUCUACUUACUACUGGACUUGUAGUACUCUGA